AUCAUAUUUUAUAAUUUGAAAUGUGAAAUGUAGUAUUGGUUGGUGGAAUACAUAUAGAGUCUAUACAUACUUUAUCUGUCUUGCUCAUAACUGGCACACGAUAGGGUCGCAUUAUCCUCUUUUUUUCUAUUACUGACAAAAUGUCAAAACUUGGCAUAAUUUUAUAUGGUUUGACGAAAAAGUUGUCAACUAAUUGUUUUUUGAAGAAAAAAAACAUUUGUAUCUUACUUUUACUUCGAAAAACCUGUCCAUAACAUGAAAUGGUUAUCAGAACACUGAGUACCCGUUGGUUUUGUAUUAUGAUCCGUUUAGUAUUAUUGCUUGAAUAAUUAAGCACAAUUUUUUUUUACUAGUACUAUAGUAUCUAUUUUAGAUCUUGAUUUCACAAGAUGGGGAAGAUAAUUAAAUUAACAACUAUAGAAGCGUAGGUACGUGACCUGUAAAACAGCAUGCUUCAGCGUUAUAGGGGGAUGGACAUGGUUCCAAUGGAAAAGCACGUCUCUUUGAGAGAAAAAGCAUGAACUGAACACACAAACUUUUUUUACGUCGGUUAAAUUUAUUAAAAUGCUUAAAGCCUAUAUAGUGCAUGCCGCCAAUAUAUAGCUAGCAUUGAAAUGCUAUAUUAAAUAUUUUAGCUUUUGUUUUUCACCAAGUAAAGGCUAAUCUUCAAAAAUAAAACAUGUUAACAUUAUGAUUAGCUACCAACUAAUAAUUGUACCUCUUGGGCAUUUUUCUAUAGCAUAUGUUUUGGAAGCUACUUUUGUUUAUAUAAAAUGGAUAAUAUAAAUAUAUAUACUCUUUCGAUUUCAAAAUAAGUAUUGUUUUAGAGUUAACUUUUUAAUUGUAAGAAGAUUAUCAUUUCACAUCUUAGCAUUUUACCCCCGAAAGUUGUCAUUUCACAUUUCAGUGCAAUUUUAAGUACCCCUUACCCCAAAACUAUAAUAUUGUAUUCAAGUUAUUUAAAAUAACUCUUUUUUUUAAAAAAAGUUAUUUUAUAUAACUAGGGGUACAUGCAUUAAACAAAGGUACACCAUCAUAGUUUUAAAAACUAGCAAGUACGAAUAUAACAUAUUUUCUAAAACAGAGAGGAAAUCUAAGACUAACAAAUAUAUAAAAAUUCAAAUAUAUGCAAUCACUAUAAAAGUCUAACCUUUGCAGAUAGAACCCAAAAAUGUCAACAUCUAUUUUUUAACCUUUGUCAACAGCUAUCUUGGGACAGCGGCAAUGCAUCAUCAAUGAUCGCAAAAAUAUGUAAUUGUUUUUUUAGUUUGCUCGUAUAAUAUACACAUACAUGUACGGCUGUUUGAGGACAAAGAAAAGAUCAAGUGACACUCUAUAGAAUGACAGGUUUUAUUGAGACAAAUUCAAAUCUAUAUAACAAGUAACAGUUACUCGAAGAAACAAAAAGCUCACAACGGCUCUUCGUUGAUAACAAAAUAUAUUACCUGGUAGUUGUCGACUUGUCGUUGAUAGCAAAACUUCUAAUGUCUUUCAUCUAUCUCUAAAGUGAGUUAUUUACUCUAGAAGUUCUGUUGUUUUCGUUCUUCCAAAUGGUAUCUCAUGAAGAGGAGAACAAAUAGAAAGAUGAAUAUGAUCUUUUUAUUUCUUUUUUCCUACGAAAAAAAAUAAAAAAAAAAUAAAAAAUGGCAUGAACAUAUCAUGAAUUCAAAAACUAAUGAGAAGACGUAUCACAUUAGGAUACACGUAUAUAUAAACAUAUAUCUAGCUGACUAUAUCCUAAUACAUUAACGAUACCUAUGUGACUAUGUCUUGUUUUCGUUUUGUUAUUUUUCUUUUUGUACUAAACUACGUAUUCAAACAUAAAUAUAUUCACUUGUAUAGUUUGAGAAGCAAAAUUUGUGCUUGCAUGUUGAAACUAGAAUUUGUAUUAAAAAGCUUACUCUUUCUUUUUUCAAUUUAGAGAAAUAAAUUACUUUGUUAAUUUGACUUUAUAAGUAAUUAAAUACAGACUAGUAAUAUUAUUAAGUAUUUCAAACAAUGUAAUCGACAACACUGUUUGGCGUUUAUGGGUUCGUUCACUGUUGGAGAAAUCUUCAUGCAAAUUGAGAAACAAACACGUUAAGCCUCGAAGUGAUGAUAUGAUUCUGAUGCGUAAGUUAGAAUUUUGUGUACCAAACUUGGUCCGAAGCCAAAAAAUAACAAACCCACGACGUACUUAGCCAGGUGUGGCUAUUUUAUGGUAGAAACGAGUUAAGGGAGGUUUCACUUAACUACCACUAUUUUUUUUAUUGUCGUUUGUACCAACUUAUUGGUAAAUAACUUUCAAGAGUCGUUGAUAUAAAGUUGAAUAUUCUCAUCUGGGUUCUUAAUGAUUUAUGAUUUAUUUUCAACGAUGACAAGUUAGUGACAUUGAUUAUAAUGUUCAUGAAAUAUGUGAAUAAGAUAAAGUGUGAAAAAGUCUAAAACGCGAGUGUUUUCCCUAUAAUUAAGGAGUAUUCUUGAGGUGAUGAGGAUAAGUACUCGAAGUAUGAUUAAGGAUCUUGGAGUUAGCUACGGUAAGUUUGAUUCGUUAGGCCAGCACUCAUAUCAUAUGCAAAGUGCUCCCCACGCCAUGUAGUGUGGCAGCAAUAUUAUAGCGUUUCAGGGUAAUUUGAAAGUAGUCGGAUCCGUUAAUUUCUUCGAAUGUUUACAUGCAGGAUCAAACCCAAACACCUCUAGAACCAUUCUAAGGGGCAAAGAAAUAAACCUAAAUUUGAUAAUACAUCAUGCCCUAAUUUCCAUGUGUCACAAAAGGAUUCAUCUACACUAAAUUAUAAUUAAGUAUAGCUUUGAAAUGACAAAAGAGUAAUUUAAGAUUCAUGAUCAUUUAAUCACAGCUAUCAUCUAAUUUUAAAUAUUCACCUUUUAACAUGAUAUAUAUAAACAUUUAAAUUUAACUUUAAUUUAAUUUAAUCUGCACUAGUAAAAACCACUCAAGAAAUUUUUUUUUUGGUGAAAGAUAUUAAUAAAUUUUGUCAUCUGAAACAAAUAAAUUAAAGCAUUCGACAACCAUAGAUAAGACGAAGAUUUGAAAAGGAAAUGCACAAAAAAAUAACUUUGAAUUUAUUUUAUAUAUAACACAUUCACAUUAAAUUUUGGUAAGAAAAAAAAAGGAUUCUUUAUAGAUAAACAUUUGUAAGAGAAUUUCUAAUCAAUAUUAUGGUUGUAGCUCGAUUAACCAUUUUUGGAAUAGAAUGAUAUGGAAUACUUGAACGGAAUAAAAUGAUCAUUCCAUAUAUUCCAAAAAAUUAUAUAUAUAAAGAAAAACAUUCCAUUGAGAUUUUGAUAAAGAAUAAAUGGAAUAAUGAAUAUAUUAUAUUUUUCUACUAUAUUCUAUUCAUUUGAUUCUAUUCCUUAGGUUUACCAUUUACAGGUGUAUAUAUAUCUCACUUGAUAAAAUCUUAUCUUUAAUUUCUUUCUUUUCUUAUAUAUAUAUUUUUAGUAUAUCUGUAAAAUAUCUACCAAUGAAAUUGCUCUUAUGAAAUAUGUGUCUCUCUAAAGCUUUUUUCACUUUUAAAAGAUAAAUUAAAAUUUAAUUGUUUAGCUGAGUUAUAGACAAAUGUGCACAUUUUAUUUCUUUGAUAAACUUUUUGAUUACCAGACAUGCUAUAGAUACUUUAAAAAUAAAUCCAAAGUCAUUCCUUUAAAUAUUUAUUUGACUUUUAUAUUGUAAUCCAAUAAAACCCAAGAUCAUAUAGAUCUUUACAUUCUGUCACUGACAACGUGACAGUCAUUAGGUAUACUAGUGUGUGUAUAUAUAACCGGAUAAGCUAUGCUUUCGAUAUCGGCAAACAAUCUUUUCUACUAAUAUUCUAAAAUCUGUCUUUGUCUUUCAUUCCAAAGAGUGUAAUGGAAACCUCCAACAUCACCAGUCAAACAAAUCUUCUAUCGAAGAUAGACCUAGAAAAGCAAAACCCUACCAAAACUUUCCCACCAAUCUCUGAGCUUAAAGCUGAGGCAAAGUCUCUCUUCUCCUUAGCCUUUCCAACAGUCCUGGCCGCUCUCAUCCUCUACGCUCGCUCGGCCAUCUCCAUGCUCUUCCUUGGUCAUAUCGGUGAACUAGAGCUCGCUGGUGGGUCCUUGGCCAUUGCCUUCGCCAACAUCACUGGAUACUCCGUCCUCGCAGGCCUUGCACUUGGCAUGGACCCACUCUGCUCUCAAGCCUUUGGAGCCGGCAAGCCAAAACUCCUAUCACUAACUCUUCAAAGAACCGUGCUAUUCUUGCUAACAAGUUCGCUUGUGAUCGUCACCUUAUGGCUCAACUUGGGAAAGAUCAUGAUCUCUCUCCAUCAAGAUCCAAGUAUCUCAUCGUUGGCUCAAACGUAUAUUCUUUGCUCUAUUCCUGACUUGCUCACCAACUCUUUUCUUCAUCCUCUUCGUAUAUACCUUAGAGCACAAGGUAUCACAAGCCCGUUAACGAUCGCAACCCUAGCUGGCACCAUCUUCCACAUACCCAUCAACUUUCUCCUCGUCUCAUACCUCGGGUUAGGUUUCGUCGGUGUUUCAAUGGCUGCAGCCGCUUCAAAUCUCUUCGUUGUUGUGUUCCUUGUGGUCCACGUUUGGGUCAAAGGUCUACACGAGCCAACGUGGACUCCCCCUAGCUCAGAAUGUUUCAAAGACUGGGCCCCACUGAUCAGUCUCGCGAUACCUAGCUGCGUGGGGGUAUGCUUAGAGUGGUGGUGGUACGAGAUAAUGACCGUUCUUUGUGGUUUACUCGUAAACCCUAAAACGCCAGUUGCAGCAAUGGGCAUUCUCAUCCAAACGACGUCGUUGCUUUACAUUUUCCCAUCGUCCCUAGGGUUCGCUGUGUCCACUCGCGUAGGUAACGAACUAGGAUCAAACCGCCCCAAAACGGCUAGGUUAUCAGCCAUCAUAGCCGUUUCCUUUGCCGGAGUAAUGGGUAUGACUGCGUCAGCGUUUGCUUGGGGAGUAAGCGACAUAUGGGGAAUGAUUUUCACAAACGACAUGGACAUCAUCAAGUUAACAGCGGCGGCGCUGCCUAUUCUCGGGCUCUGCGAGCUCGGGAACUGCCCGCAAACAGUAGGUUGCGGUGUCGUUAGAGGCACCGCAAGGCCGUCGAAAGCUGCCAACAUAAACCUAGGAGCGUUUUACCUCGUUGGGACGCCUGUAGCGGUCGGGCUAACGUUUUGGGCCUCAUAUGGAUUUUAUGGGCUUUGGAUAGGUCUUUUCGCGGCUCAGAUAUGUUGUGCUGCUAUGAUGCUUUAUGUCGUGGCUACUACUGACUGGGAGGGAGAAGCGAAGAGAGCUAGAAAGCUAACGUGCAGUGAAGGCGUCGAUGUGGUGAUUACAGCGCAAGGUAACGGUGAUGACCUUACGGAACCAUUCGUUUACGUUGUCACGGUCGCUGCUGAUUGACACUAAUCGAAUGCUUUGCGUUUUUUUAUUCUUUUUUUACUUGGAAUGAUCUCGGUUCCAUUUGGGGUGUGUAUUUUGAGAACUUUUAAAUCUCAAUGUGAAAGAAAACAAAAGAAUUGUAUUCAUAUUUAUCAUCCCAUGUAACUUUGCCAUAUUUAUUUGUAUUGUAUGCUAUUUUAGAAGAAGAAAAAAUAUGUGUAACCGGCUGGUUAAUGAAAUCCGAAUAAAAAUUCAAAACUCGGACAACUCUUAUUAUAUAUGUGUGUUGCUUUGUAUUUUAAUUUUGUUUAUAUAAUAAGUGUGUUACUUUUUCAAAGUAUACAUUUUAAUAAAUUUACUGUUGUUCUUUUAGCUCACUAAUCAAGUAUUUGAGAACUUUUCUAAUAAAUCUUUUAAAACAAUAGUACACAUAAAAUAUUUAAACUUUUAAGUCACCAGAUGAUUUUUGAUAAAGGAUACUAGAUGCAAAUAAAUUAUGUAACGCUCCAACUGCUUAUGUCUAUAUCUUUCCUUCUUGCUACUGCCCCUAAAUGGAGUUUCAAUUAUCCAUCCAUAUUAAAAUAUGCAUGCAGACAUUUUGCCAUCUUUUUUUCAAUCUCACAAUAUUAUAACAUAUUUCACAAUCUUCUUUUUUAAUCUCUCUCUCUAUAACCUGAACUUAUUCAUGAAAAUUUGACAUUUAAUUAUAUCAUUUAAAUUUUGGAGUAAAUUUUGCCCAUCUUCCUCUCAAACUCUGUCAAGAAUUUUAUUUAUAUAUUUUAAAAUGACUUUUGACACAAUAAUUAUGCUUUUUGUAAGGACAUAAGGUCGAUUUUACUUAAAUAAUUUAUAGUUCACCUCAGAUGGACAGUCAUAUGUCUAUUAUUUUGAAUACUAUUUGAGUUUCAUGGCUACAAGACCAACUCAUCAUGUUCUUUGUAGAAUUUGUAAAUAAAAUAUAAAUAAAUAAACAAGCAUUGAUGGAAACCACAGUUCACGAGAAGAGUAUUGUCAUAGCAGAAGCCAACAAGAAA